AAUUAAAAAAAAAAAAGGUCAAAUUUUCCCUUCUGCACAGCGCACUAUUCUUGAUAAGGAAGUAGAUAUGACUACUGCAAAUGGAGAAGUGGAGCCUGGAAGGCUUGGGGGGCAAUUCAAUGCCAUUUUUGUUUGUUGGAUUUUGGGAUUUGGAUCUCUUAUCUCAUGGAACAGUAUGCUGACAAUAGGAGACUACUACUACAGUUUGUUCCCGAACUACCAUCCUUCAAGAGUACUUACACUCGUAUAUCAACCAUUUGCACUUGGAACAAUGGCAUUACUGGCAUACAAUGAGUCAAAAAUUAAUACAAGGCGCAGAAACAUAAUUGGAUACAUACUUUUUACUCUGAGCACUUUCUUGCUUAUUGUUUUGGAUUUAGCAACUUCUGGAAAAGGUGGUGUUGGACCUUUUGUAGGUGUAUGUGCAAUUGUUGCUGCUUUUGGAGUUGCAGAUGCUCAUGUUCAAGGUGGAAUGGUGGGAGAUCUGUCUUUCAUGCAGCCUGAAUUCAUGCAGUCUUUCUUUGCUGGUUUGGCUGCAUCCGGGGCCGUGACCUCUGCUUUGAGGUUAAUCACUAAAGCAGCCUUUGAGAAACAUAAAAAUGGUCUUCGCAAUGGAACAAUGCUGUUUCUAGCUAUUUCUACAUUCUUUGAGUUUCUCUGUGUGUUGCUGUAUGCAUUUUACUUCCCUAAACUGCCUAUUGUGAAGUACUACCGCUCAAAGGCAGCUUCAGAAGGAUCAAAAACUGUUACAGCUGACCUUGCAGCUGCUGGCAUCCAUGGAUCAGAAAACCAAGGUGAACUGCAGAGAUUGAGCAACAAAGAGUUGUUGUUUCAGAUCAAAGAUUAUGCACUUGAUCUAUACCUGAUAUAUGUCUUGACACUAUCAAUUUUCCCUGGGUUCCUAUAUGAAAACACUGGUGAACACCAGCUAGGCUCAUGGUAUCCUCUUGUUCUAAUAGCAUCCUACAAUGUGUGGGAUCUGGUAGGAAGAUACACUCCCUUAAUAAAAUGCCUGAAGAUCGAGUCCAGAAAGGGCCUUAUGAUUGCAAUACUUUCCCGUUUCUUACUGAUCCCGGCCUUUUACUUCACUGCAAAAUAUGGUGAUCAGGGAUGGAUGAUAUUGCUUGUUUCUUUCCUGGGAAUAACAAAUGGUCACCUAACCGUCUGUGUCAUGACAGUUGCACCUAAAGGUUACAAGGGACCGGAGCAAAAUGCUUUGGGCAAUCUGCUAGUGGUGUUUUUGCUAGGGGGCAUAUUUUCUGGGGUUGCCCUGGACUGGCUGUGGCUCAUAGGAAAAAAGAACGCCUUUUGAAGAUCAAAGUUCUUGUUAUUGAUUAUGAAAGCCCGUGUAAAAUUUAUUUGGUUUCGUUUUCUGCUGGCAACUGGAAAUGCAUAAAAAAAGUUUCAUCUUAUUUCAUUGGUUGAAUCGGAUGGCUGAUUAAUGUUUUCUUUCCUUUUGAUGGCUAAAUUAUGUGUUUAGCCCUUUAUUUUAUUAUGUU